UUUAUUCUGUAGGCAGUGAGUUUAGAUUGAUCCCCACCGCAGCCACCUCCUUCUCCCCCAUCAUAAUUUUAGGACAAAAAUCUCUGGAGAUGUGGAGAAGGGUGAGAUUGCAAGGCAAGAGACAGAAGGCUAUUGCGGUAGUCUAAGAGGGAAAUGAAAAGAGUUUGAACUGGGGAUAGUUGUAAGAAACAUGAAGUAGUAUGAAAAACAGAAUUUAAAAGUUGUUUAGGUAGAAUGGGUAGGACUUGGUGACUAUCUAAAAUGAGAGAGAGUAAGUGAGAGAAGGGGAUCGUGGAAUGUUUUUCAUGAUCAUGGUUUAAGCCACUGUCUGUAAUGACUGUCUAAAGCUGAAUUACCAUUGGGUUAAAAGAAAUAUUUUGUUACUUUUUUUUUUAAGCAAGGUGAGGCAUAAUUUUUUAAAAGUUGUCAUGAAUAGCAAAUUGACAUAAAGAUAGGAAACAAUGUAAUCAUAAUAUGGCAUUUCUCUGCAUAAAAAAGUUACUAGGUUUCCUUGGGGAUCGAUAUAGUAGGCAAACGUAUUUGAAAAUUUCAGAGGUGAAAAGGUGCAGAACCUACCUAUUUGUAGAAGUAUAUGACAAAUCUAUGAAUCCUUUCUGUAGAGAAGCAGUUAUUUGGGAUUAAAUCGCAGAAUUACAUAGCUAUGAUGGCUAAUAAAUUUAACUAUCAGGAACAGGGAAGACAUAUAAGGAAUUUGCAUAAGACAUCUGUGCAAAAUGGAGCUGGAGGAGCCUUAUUUGUGCACAGAGAUACUCCUGAGAAUAACCCAGAUACUCCAUUUGAUUUCACACCAGAAAACUAUAAGAGGAUAGAGGCAAUUGUAAAAAACUAUCCAGAAGGGCAUAAAGCAGCAGCUGUGCUUCCAGUCUUAGAUUUGGCCCAAAGACAGAAUGGAUGGCUGCCUAUCUCUGCUAUGAACAAGGUUGCAGAAGUUUUACAAGUACCUCCAAUGAGAGUAUAUGAAGUAGCAACUUUUUAUACAAUGUAUAAUCGAAAGCCAGUUGGAAAGUAUCACAUUCAGAUCUGCACUACUACACCUUGCAUGCUUCGAAACUCUGACAGCAUACUGGAGGCCAUUCAGAAAAAGCUUGGAAUAAAGGUCGGAGAGACUACACCUGACAAACUUUUCACUCUUAUAGAGGUGGAAUGUUUAGGGGCCUGUGUAAAUGCACCAAUGGUUCAAAUAAAUGACAACUACUAUGAGGAUCUGACGCCUAAGGAUAUUGAAGAAAUUAUUGAUGAGCUCAAGGCUGGCAAAAUGCCAAAACCUGGGCCAAGGAGUGGACGCUUCUCUUGUGAGCCAGCUGGGGGUCUUACCUCUUUGACCGAACCACCCAAAGGACCUGGUUUUGGUGUGCAAGCAGGCCUUUAAUUUAUAUUCAACUGUAAAUAUGUCACUGGAGAAAUAAAAUAUGAAUUUCCUAUCUA